AUGACGACUUGUAUGGAUAUAGUAAUUGUGAAUAGUGAGGAAGAAGCAUACAACCUCUACAAUGAAAUAAUAGAGAAGUUUGAUCUUGCAGGGAACACAUGGCUCAAGACACUUUAUGACCUUCGUGAAAAAUGGUGUGCAUUAUUUAGUAAGGAUACAUUCUCUGCAGGAAUAUUAUCUACACAAAGAAGUGAGAGCACAAACAAUGUGUUUACCCUCAUGUCUACUAAAACACUGAAUCUUACUGAAUUUGUGCAUCAUUAUGAUAAACAGGCAGAACAAAUGCGUUCAAGUGAAUUGGAAGAGACUUUUCGGUGCAAUAAUGGAAUACCUACUAGGGCUGCAAGAAGUAGUGGAAUUAAGAAGCAAGCUGGUAUGGUCUACACCCGAAAAAUUUAUAAUUUAUUUGAGUUUGAGUUUGUCACUAGCUUGGCAGUGAAGAUGGAGGAAGUUGGAAGUGAUGGAACAUUGCAGACAUUUGAACUUAAUGAGGAGGGUCAUAAAAGAGUGUACAUUGUUCGAUUCAAUUCUUCAAAUCUGACCAUCUCUUGUAGUUGUCAGAUGUAUGAAUCUAUGGGCUGGUUAUGCCGUCAUGCUUUGAGGGUGUUAAAUGUGAAAAAUAUUACUCAAAUACCAACACAGUAUAUACUAAAGAGAUGGACAAAAGAUGCAAAGAAAGGAGUAUAG